AUGUGGUAGAAAAUCUUGAUUUGCUGCUGAUAUAAAUAUAUACUUCAAUUAUUUGAUUGAUUGAACAUAAGAAAUUAGAAAAUAGUUCAACUUGUUUUUUCGAAAAACUAAUCAUUCUUUUUAUUAUUAAACAACUUUUGAAGAUAUUGUAAAAGUUUGCUUGAGAAUCAAAUCUCAUUUUGGUAACCAGGUAACUUUUGCAAGCUGUUUAUCAACUUUAUUUGACUGUGGCGAUUGCUCGUAGGCUUGUCAAAUAAUCGCUGAUAAUAUUUAAUUACAAAUCUCAGUUGUCGCCAAAAGCUGGAAACAUGAAAUGGGAAAUAUAAUCCAUUUGACACGCCGCAAAAUCGAGCGACAAACAUAUGGCACUGAGGUUCUCUACAAGGCGCGGCAUCCGCGUUCAUUGAACGUAACCAAGCAAAAAAAAAAAAUAAAUAAAUAAACAACAGCAAAAAGUUAAAUAGAGUACAACAAAAUUUCUUACUGCGUCCACAUUGUGUUCUAAUUCAGCUUUUUAUUUGGGUCUGGGUCUGGGUCUGGGUCUUAAGCCGUAAACUUGUUUGGGGGCGUCGCAAGCUUCGAGCCGCGUUUGGCUAUAAAAGAGUCCAGCUAAUUGGCCAACAGCAUCAGUCGCUGACCAUUCAUCCCAAAUCAACAACAUGAAAUUCCUCAUCUGCUUGGCUCUCUGCUUCGCCGUCGCCCAGGCUGGCUUCCUGGCCUCACCAGUGGCCACUUAUGCCGCGGCACCUGCCUAUGCAGCCACGUAUGCCGCCGCACCCACCUAUGCAGCUACCUAUGCAGCUCCUGUGACCACCUACUCGGCCGCCGGCCUGCCCGCCGCCUACUCCACUUACCACUCUGCCGCGCCCGCAUACGCAGCCUCCGUGUACAGCGCGCCGGCGUACACAGCGCCCGUGGCCACCUAUGCUGCACCCGCCUAUGCUUCCCCAGUUGCCACCUAUGCUGCUCCAGCUGUCAUCAGCUCCUUCCUGAAGAAGAAGUAGACUGUUUGACAAAAGCAUAUUCCUAAAACUGCACCCUUUUCAUUAAUUGAACACUGAAUAAACUCUGAAAAAUACCG